GGCGUGUCCUCAGGGGGCUAUAUAAGCAUCCAGAGGGGCGUCGGGCUGCAUUUGUCUGCCGAGUGUGGUCCCUUUUUCCUUGAGAAUUUUUGUCGGCGGUCAUUUUUGUCUGCCGAGGAGGCUCGAGCCAGGUUUUGUCCCUCUGUGGGAAAACGAGUUUCAGAAUGGCAGAAGAAUCUGCUGCUCCAUCCACCUCUGCUGACAAAACUGAGAGUAUGAAUGUGGAUGGAGAAGCCAAGAAGCUACUUGGUUUGGGACAGAAAAACCUGGUAAUGGGAGAUAUUCCAGCUGCUGUGAAUGCAUUCCAGGAAGCUGCGAGUUUGUUGGGUAGGAAAUACGGUGAAACAGCAGAUGAGUGUGCUGAAGCUUUCUUUUUCUAUGGGAAAUCUCUUUUAGAAUUGGCAAGAAUGGAAAAUGGAGUGCUAGGAAAUGCCCUAGAAGGUGUUCAGGUGGAAGAAGAGGAAGAAAAAACAGAAGAUGCAAUUGUAGAAAGCACUGAUAAUAUAGAUGAAGAAGAAAGGGAGGAAUUAAGAGAGCAGGUAUAUAAUGCCAUGGGGGAAAAGGAUGAAUCCGGAAGAACUGGUGAAGAGUCUGUGGUAAAAACUGAAGUGAAGAUGCAGCCGAAAACCAAGAAUGUAGAAAUGGAAGACGCUAAGGAAGAAACAUUAAAUGAGACAGCUGUGGAUGUAGAUCAUAAUACCCUUGAGGAGAAAAAGGAAAAACAGGAGAAAACAGAAAUGCAGGUAGAGGCAGUUCAAGAAAAGGAGGGGGGCAGUGGAGUAUCUCCUGAGGAUCCUCUUGAAGAUAAAGCCAGGGAUGAGAAACCAGUGGCUGAAGAAAGGGCAAGUAAAGAAAAAGAAGAGCUAGAGAUGGCUGAAAAGGCUCUAGAAGAUAACACUGUAAAGGGUACAAUGGCUUUAGAAAUGACAUCUGGAGAAGCAAAGUCAGUAGUAAAAGAAAUGCCAGAAGCAGCGGGAGAAGACACUGUAGAAAAACAAGUGACUGCAGAAGGGGAAGAUAAAGCAGUUCUAGAGAAGACGGAAGGAAAACUGGUAACUUUGGUUCCUGAAAAACAGGCAGGCAUAAUGGAAAACAAUGCAGUAGUAGAGGAAUUAACAAAGGCUUCAGAUGAGGCAAUAGAAGGAAAGGAAAUGGCCAUAGCUGUUGAAAAAGUAGAAUGUGAGAUAGAGAAAGCAGAAGAACACCCAGCUAGAGCUAGUGAUGAGAAUGUGGAAACAAUGGAUCACGCAGAACAGGUGGUGGACUCCAAAGAGAAAGAAGAACUAAAGGAACCCUUGGCUUCAAAAGAUGUAUUGCUUUCCGUUCCAAGUGAAGAAAUGACUCCUGGAGGGACCAAUGACAAAUGUGAUGAAGUACAAACUGAAGAGAAAGUUGAAGUUGCUGCUAAGUUAGAAAAGGAAGAUGAAAAGGAUGAAGAGAUGAGAGAGGGUGAAGAGACAGAAGGAUCAGAAGAGGAAGACAAAGCUGAAGAGGAUGAUGACAAAGCUGAAGAGGAUAAAGAAAAUGACUCUACAGUUGAAGAAAAGGAGAGUGAAGAAGAUGAAGUUGGGAACUUGGAAUUGGCCUGGGAUAUGUUGGAGUUGGCCAAAGUAAUAUACAAAAGACAGGACACUAAAGAAGCUCAACUUCUUGCUGCUCAGGCUCACCUGAAACUAGGAGAAGUUAGCAUUGAAUCUGAAAACUAUGUUCAAGCUAUAGAAGAGUAUCACUCUUGCCUGAAUCUUCAACAGAAAUAUUUAGAGGCCCAUGACCGCUUGCUUGCAGAAACUCACUAUAAUCUGGGAUUGGCCUAUCACUACAAUGAUCAGUAUGAUGAAGCAGUGCAGCAGUUCAGUCAAUCAAUGGAUGUCAUUGAUAAAAGACUGGAAAUGUUAACUGAAGGUCUAAAGGCAAAAGGGGAAGGAUCCACUGAAGAUGAGAGAGAAAUUGAGGAACUCAAGGGACUGCUUCCAGAAAUUAAAGAGAAGAUUGAGGAUUCAAAGGAGUCUCAGAAGAGUGCAAGAGUAGCUGAAAUAGCUCUUAAAGCAAGUCUGGUUGGUGGAUCAUCAUCUAGCUUUUCACAGGGAACUGAAAGUGGUUUGGCUUCAACAAUCCCAGUGGGACAACAAUCUGAUGGAGCAUCUCAGUGUAUUACAGACAUUUCUCAUCUUGUUAGGAAAAAGAGGAAACCAGAGGAAGAACCUCAACAGGGAGACAAUGAAGCUAAGAAAUCUAAACCAGAGUCGGCUGUCAAUGGUGGUGAUGCAGCCCCCAGUGGAAAUGAUGAGGUUGCAGAGAAAAUGGAAGAGGAGACAGAGGGAAGGCCACAAGUUGAAACUGUUCAAAGCUCUGUAUGAUAGUUCUUUUAUCCCUGACACUCCUCCCUCCCAAGGACCGUGGGUUUUGUAUAUAAUGUAUUUUUUUCACUUUUGGCAGUUUUUUCUAUUCAAUAAAGAUUGUACCAAACAUUAA